AUGGAAAUCAAACCGUCGCUCAGCUUUUUUGGCAGAGAAUGCCGUGAUUUGAACCCGUGGACCGGUGCCUGUGAUAAAGAGAUCAGAGAAGAUACAGCAAUUGCUGGUGGAGCCGUUGUUGGGAUAAUCGCGCUCAAUGUCCUCGUUCUAUGGCCUGCGCUCAAGAACUUUUUCCAUUAUCUUCGGGAUACUCCUAAAACGAAUCCGAGCCGUGCGCCGCCACCGACAGCUGUACCAGUUCAAGUGAUUCCACGCGCGAUGCCAUCAGCUCCAUCUGCAUCUGAAUCCAUGAGGAGGCCCCCGAAUCCUGGAAACUCAGCUUCAGAGCCUCGUCCUCAACUUUACACCAUCUACACGCCCACUGCUGAACCAGCACAACGAAUCGAAUUCACCUCACCGGAUGUGCCUGGCCCUUCAGGGAAUCUCUAUCCCAGACAGGAGAUUCUAAAAGUGAAUCCUAUCGACUACCAAGAGCAAUUCAAAGGAGCUCACCAGCACUUUGAACCUCCUCCGCCAUAUAUGUAA